AUGGCGCGCACUCGGCUGGUCAAGGAGAGCUCCAUGAGCACGCCGGGCAAAAAGCCAGCGGACCGGAGGCGCCCGCUCCACUUCGCCGCCUUCCUGCUGCUCGCCGACGCCGCGCUCGUCGCCCUCAUCAUCGCCUUCGUCCCAUAUACCAAGAUCGACUGGGACGCCUACAUGUCCCAGGUGGAUGCGUUCCGGGACGGGGAGAGGGACUACACCAAGAUCGAGGGCGACACGGGGCCGCUGGUCUACCCGGCCGGCUUCCUCUACGUCUACUCUGCAAUCAAGUUCCUCACCGCCGGUCAAGUUUUCCCCGCUCAGAUUCUCUUCGGUGUCCUCUACAUUGUCAAUCUGAGCCUUGUUCUGCUGCUUUACAUCAAGAGUGAAGUGCUUCCUUGGUGGGCUUUAGGUUUGCUUUGCUUAUCGAAGAGGGUUCACUCCAUCUUCGUGCUCCGUCUUUUCAACGACUGUGUUGCUAUGACGUUGCUCCAUGCUGCUAUGGUUUUGAUUGUUUAUCACAAGUGGUACCUCGGUCUAAUUAUCUUCAGUGGAGCUGUCUCAGUUAAGAUGAACGUGCUCCUUUUCGCUCCAUCUUUGUUUCUACUAAUGCUGAAGGCUAUGAGUAUAAAAGGGGUCUUUGUUGCCUUGUUGGGAGCUGCAGGAGUACAGGUUUUGUUGGGUAUACCAUUCUUGUUGUCACAUCCUGUUGAGUACAUCUCAAGAGCUUUCAAUCUUGGGCGUGUCUUCAUCCAUUUCUGGUCUGUCAAUUUUAAGUUUGUCCCUGAGAAGUUAUUUGUGUCAAAAGAGCUAGCUGUUACGCUAUUGAUCUUCCACCUCUCUGCUCUUAUGGUGUUUGCACACUACAAGUGGUUUAAGCAUGAAGGUGGCUUGUUGCGUUUUGUGCAUUCCAGAUUUAAAGAGGCUACAUCAAUUCAACAGCUUAUUUCCUGCAAGCCAGUAAUGUCAAAUCUCAGUAAAGAGCAUAUUGUAACUGUCAUGUUUGUUGGAAACUUCAUUGGCAUUGUGUGUGCCCGAUCAUUGCAUUACCAAUUUUAUUCUUGGUACUUCUAUUCAUUGCCUUUUCUUUUGUGGAGAACACAAUUUCCAACAGUAGUAAGGAUCAUUUUAUUUGCUGGCGUGGAGCUCUGCUGGAAUGUUUAUCCUUCUACUGCCUAUUCAUCACUGCUUCUGUUGUUCCUGCACAUCUUCAUCUUGUUUGGCCUAUGGAGUUCACCUGCUGAGUACCCCUAUGUCGAUAAAAAGGACAAGACAAACAGUAAAAAAUUGGGCAAGGCAAUGUGAGGCUUCCCUGCAGAAUAUUUUGAUCUUCUGAUGUAGCAGUAGUGAAAACACUAGAUACAAGUAUACAACAGCAGAAAGGUCUUAAAUCUGAAAAGAAGUACUUUGACACACUGUACUUUCAGACUUUUAGCAUGCCUACACUUGGUGCAGGCCUAAGUUUUCGAGGUGAACAUCUACUCAUACAAAAGACGCAACAUGUCAACGUAUAUGGAAACGUUACCAACUAUGGUGCUGUAUAAUCUUCUUUGUGCGUAGCCACUGUUGUUAUACUAUAUUAUUAACUCGAAAGUUCUUCUGAAAAACUAUACCCUUUUUGCUC